AUGACUAAAGAUAACUGCAUGGUAAAAGCUGGACUUCAGUUAAAGGAAAUACCAGAGGAGCAGGAAUGGAAGGAAGAUUUGGUUAAGGUUUCCUUAAUGUGGAACAAUAUAGAAGGAAUUUCAAGAGUCACAUCACCCAAGUGUCCUAAACUUUCAACCUUGCUUUUGAGCUCCAAUCUUCUGAAGUCGAUUCCAGAUUCUUUCUUUUUGCAAAUGCGUGGCCUCCAUGUUCUCAAUUUGAGUAGCACUCCGAUUGAAUACUUGCCCAGUUCCAUAUCAGACUUGGAGGAACUCAAUGCAUUAUUGCUCAGAGAUUGUCCGAAACUUGUGUUUGUACCACCGUUGGGAAACCUCAAGGCACUGAAAGAGCUGGACCUCAGUUAUACUGGCAUUAAGGACAUACCCCAAAGCGUGGAAAGUUUAACUGAUCUCAAAUGCUUGGACACAGUUGGCUCACAGAUAGAAACAAUUCCAACAGGGAUUUUACCAGGACUGUCACUUCUUCAGCGUCUCACACUCCCUACAUGGAUGACAAUACCAAUAGAAGAAGUUGCAGGAUUGAAACAACUAGAAGAAUUUCAAGGCAAAUUUCGCAGCAUGCAUGAUUUCAACAUAUUUAUGAAGUCUCGACCAAGUGAUGGGCAGCUCAGUUUCUAUGAUAUUCUAAUAGGUGAGACUUUAUUUUCAAGAGAUCCCGCCCGUAGAAAAUUCCGAUUUAAAGAAGUAACUUUUGGAAAAGACAGUCUUAAGAAAGGCGAAAGAGGCAAAGACGAGAUUAUGCUGCCACGAGAUAUUGAGCACGUGCAGUUUGACCGGUGUGGUCUCUGCAACUGCUUAUUUGAUGAUUUCCAACAAUUAAAUAAUGCUACAGAUUUGAAGUAUUGCUAUAUUGGAAACGAGGAUGGAAUAGAGUGCAUUGUGAGAUUGUCGCUUAAGAAGGAACUGAAGGCAGAAGAAGAACAACAGUCUAGCUUGAUGCCACUCCAUUACCUUGAAAAUUUGCAACUUGAGAACUUGCAGAAUUUUAUUGGUCUCAUCAGGUGGGAAGUAGUACCAGCAGUUGCACCGCUUCCACAUGGCCCUUUUUCUCACCUUCAAAGGUUGGAAAUUAAGCAGUGCGGGAAAAUCAAGAAGCUUCUCCCUCGGAGUUUGGUACAGAACCUUCAUAAACUCAACGAGCUGAGUGUUAUUUCAUGUGCAAAAAUGGAAGAGAUAAUAGGAGACGACGAAAGUGGAGGCUUUGGUGCAGAAAGUAAUACCGACAUCACCCUGCCAAGGUUAAAGAUUUUGAAACUCAUCAAGCUGCCAGAAUUGGAAAGCAUCUGCAAGGGGACAAUAAUCUGUGAUUCCAUUGAGAAAAUUUAUAUGGAGCAUAUUACAAAAGUAAGGAAGGUGCCUUUGUUUCUGCCGCCCCUCAAUGGACAACCGUCUCCGCCUCCAUCUCUCAGAAUGAUUGAACUAUGGGAAAAAGAGAGAGGGUGGUGGGAAUCAUUGGAGUGGGACCAGCCCAAUGCCAACAGUUUCCUUCAACCCUUCGUUGAUUAUACUCCAUAUUAA